AUGGUGGUUCUUUCCAUUCUCUUAGGUGGGACGGCCGCCUUAGGUGCCGAUGCAAUGCUUGUUUUUCCCGAUACGGAAACCCAGGUUAGAGCAUUUGGGGACGGCAUUGUCGAUGUCCAUCCGAUAGCUCUCGAAAACAUGCGUCGUGCAGUAGUUGAAUUACCAUGUUCUGAAUGCCCGUUUCGCGAUGUUAAUGAGGAGGGUGCUAUCAAAUGGAUUUACGGUAUAUCGUCAACGAUGACGCUCGAAUUUACCAUUGAAGAAAACAAUUUGCUAGCCAACGGCCGUCGGACCUUUCCUCCCCCGUCUUCUCCCACCACCUGCUCAGUCCGACAAAUGGGAAAUGCGAAAGGCUCGGGCAACAUGCCUCUCUGCUACAACAUGGAGGUAAUACCCUUGUUGGCCCCAUCCGAAUAUCUGGGUAUCAAGUUGUUUGAUAUCCAAUUAAGCGUCCUCGACUUAGUGAGUGACGUUUUCCUGGUGGAUGCCGUGACGGUCACCCUCAUCCAAGAUUCGGCGGGCGACUUGUACAUUGCAAAGACGAAGGUUGACAAAGGCGCUCUCUCGGCCCGCUUACCAUAUAAAGCGGAUCAUGGCAAGAAUAAGUGCUUCCAGGAAAUCUUUUCCGAUCGCAUCAGGGGUUUCCUGUUGGCUGUGAGGGAACAACUCCUUGGAACAGUCUCCAAAGCCCGCCAUGAGGACUGCCAUACCAUGCGAAAGGGCACGUUGGACGACACUCACACGCAAAUCGAACUCGAAAAUUACCAAAAUCAGGUAAGACUUAAGAGUCUUAGAACCACAAGUCCCGUGAACUACGAUAACUGCCACAUUGAUUUCGAGAAGACCGAUCGCACUUCUCACCAUCAAUACAAGCGUCGGCUUACGCGGCUUGUUGAACAUGUUCACACUUUGUUUUUCCUGGUGCGCUUCAUCGCGCUACCGGCCAUUUUGGGCGUCAUGGGUGGUUUCGCUGCCGUUGCCGUUAGCAUGUUCGUUGGCCGGACUCUGAGUUUCCUUUGGAGAUGUUACCGCGGCUUCAACACACAUGACCAGACUGCUUCCCAAAAAGAUGUUGACGCUUGCGAGAGGCAGGACUUGAUAACGGACUCCUCAGAGAAAGCACUCCCCAAAUGCAUGGAUCGUCGCAGAGCUGGGGGGGGCUAUCAACGACUAUUAAAGAAACUCUAUUUUCGAUGA